AUGUCUUCUUUGCGCGAAAAGCGUCUUCUACAUGCUGCCGUUUCUGCAGGAACAGAGCACGGCGACGGCGAGCAGGCUCCCCUCGCGCCGGCGAUGAGCUCCACCGCAGAGUCCUCUCCCCCCGAGCAACCCCCAGCUCCAGCACCACCACUAGCGCCACCUUCCCCGCCUCCACAGCCCGCCGCCUCAGGCAAUGAGGGCGCCCUCUCAGCCGCGCCGAAACCUAAUCCCCCAACCACAGCCGCGGCAGCCCGGAAUGCCUCGGUGGCUAGUGCUACCCCCGCCCCCGCGCCAUCCGGAUCGGUGGGUACCCUCACCCCCGCCCCCGUGCCAUCCCGCAAGGCAUCUGUCGCUACCUCCUCCUCCGCCGCCCCCGCCGCUGCUGCCCCCGCGGCGCCCCGGAAGGCAUCGGGGGCAGCCACCACUAGUGUGCUACCUCGGAAGCCCUCGGGGACGACUACCCCCGUGGCCGCGGCACCCCGGAGCGCCUCGCGGGCCACCACUACCGCCAUCGCGGUGUCCCGGAAGCCCUCGGUCGCCGCCAGAAAUCCCUUGAGGGUAGCCGCCGCCACGACCGCCGUGGCAUCCCGAAAUCCCUCCUUGACGGGAGCCGCCGCCGCCGCCGCCGCCGCCACCACCACCACCGCUGGCGCGGUCGGGAGUGGCGGCGUCCGGACCGCUCCUACCCGGCCGGAGGAGUACACGCCGCGGAUGGGGAUGGAGUUCGAGAGCGAGCACGAGGCGUACGAGUUUUACCGCUACUACGGCUGGAAGGUAGGGUUCAACGUGCGGAAGGAGUACGCCAACAAGAGCAAGAAGACUGGUGAGAUCACCUCCCGCAAGUUCGCCUGCUCCCGUGAGGGCUACCGAGCCAAUGUCAAACGAGGGAAUCAGAUGGUGCCUAUGCCGGACUCGAGGACGGGCUGCAACGCGCACCUCGUCAUCCGCCGGAAGAAGCCCGGCGCCAGGUUAGAGGUAUACGCCUUCCAGCCGCGGCACAACCACCCACUCUUCUCUACCUCCUGCAUGCCCAAUCCUCUGCAGCCCAAUAUUGUGCAUUGGACUACAUUGCCUGAUGCUGUUACACCGCCUGACCUUUUGAUGAAUGGGGGUGAGCUGGGAGGGCAGAGUUCUUCUGAAGAGAACGGUAAUGCGAGUGCAAGGGAAGCGCGCCGGCAGCCAUUGCGAACUAGGAGGCAAUGGGAGAUGAAGUAUGGAGAAGCCGGUGCUUUGUUGAAUUAUUUCCAAGAACAGUCUCUGGCAAACCCCUCAUUCUACCAUGCUGUGCAGUUGGAUGUUGAGGAUAAAGUGGCAAAUGUUUUCUGGGCUGAUCAAAGGAUGAUUACUGACUACAGUCAGUUCGGUGAUGUUAUUGCAUUUGAUGUGGUGUCUAGGAACAGUAUAAGCCUCCGCCAUUUUUGCUCUUUUGUCGGUUGUAACAAUUUUGGUGAGCCUAUUGUUUUUGGGCUAGCGCUCAUGUAUGACGAGACUGCAGAGUCUUUCCAUUGGCUGUUCGAGACGUUCUUGCAUACAAUGUCUGGACAAGCACCUAAAACUUGCUUUUCACACCAAGAUAUGGUUAUAGCAAACACUGUCUCUUUAGUGAUGCCUGAGACAAUUCAUGUUAUAUGUGCAUGGCACCUAAAGCAUGCCGCAGCGAGGAACAUAAAUCAGCUUAAAGGUGACAGUGAUUUCAUGAAGGAGUUCAAGGCAUGCGUCAAUUUGUAUGAAGAAGAGACAGAAUUUCUCACUUCUUGGGAUACUAUGAUCAAUAAGCAUAACCUCUGUGAUAAUGUAUGGUUGCAAAAGGUAUUUGAGGAAAAAGAAAAAUGGGCUAGACCUUAUAUGAAAGGGGUCUUCUCAGCUGGGAUGAAAGGCACACGAUUGAAUGACUGCUUACAGUCUGAUGUGCGUGAUCAUCUGAGACCCGAGGUAAAUAUUCUUAUACUGUUGGGGCAUGUUGAGGCAGUUAUAAAUGAUAGGCGGCACAAAGAACUGGAGGUUGAGUAUAGUUCAAGGCUAAAGUUGCCUUACUUCAAAAUUAAAGCUCCUAUCCUGAUACAAGCUUUUGAGGCUUAUACCAAUAUGAUAUUUCCACUUUUUCAAGAAGAAUACGAAGAAUUCCAGUCAGCUUACAUUGUGAACCGUGAUGAAAGUGGCCCUUGUCGUGAGUAUGUUGUUUCAGUUGUUGAGAAAGACAAGCAAUAUACAGUUUAUGGAAACCCUACUGAGCAGACUGUUUCAUGCUCAUGUAAAAAGUUUGAAAGAAAUGGUUACUUGUGUAGCCAUGCGCUGAAAAUUUUAGAUGCAAUGGAUAUAAAGUAUCUACCAGACAGGUAUAUUAUGAAGCGCUGGACCAAAUAUGCAAGGUGUUUGACGUUUGGAGAUAGUCAAGGUCAAGCAAUUCAAGCAGAUAAAUUAUUGGAAUCCUCUAGUCGCUAUCAACACAUAUGCCCAAAGUAUGUUAGGCUUGUUGCUCGGGCGUCAGAAUGUGAGGAGUCUUACAGAGUACUAGACCAAUGUUGGGUAGAUCUUAGCAACAAAGUUGAAGAAAUACUACAGAAACAGACUAGUGUUGAUGCAACUCUGUCCCAGACUGAUGUUCAGAGCCUUAAGAUAUCCUUACCUUCUAUCACAAAUGACACUGAAGCAGAAAAUAUCAUGGACAAAUCAAGUGGCACAACAGCAAAAGAAUCAAAGAAGAAGGGGCAGAAAAAUAAGGUCCAAUCAAGAAAUUGCAUUGAAAAAGGUUUGCGAAAGAAGCAGAAGGUGCACUCAGAACAACCUGCAGUGCAGUAUACUUUGUUAGAUGGUUCUCAAUCUGGAAACAUGUUCCAGGCCUUUGAGGGUCCUCCUAACAUGUCCCCACUAGGUAGCCAAACUCCAACCUAUAAAACCUACAGGGGGAUUGAUCUUUCAAGUCCGAUGGGCCCAAUUAGCUAUGAUGAAAUGCCCUCUGGCUUGGAUCCGACUUUCACCCCGCAUCUAGGUUUUGCAACCUAUCACACUUCUCAAGUGUCAAGUAGCAGCCAACACAACCAGGUCUUGUAGAUAUAAAUGUCUACUUACAAGGUGUCGUGCUUCUCUCUUUGGAGCACAGCAUGGAACACGUGAGCUCUGUCUGUCUUGGCGCCUUGUGGACUGGAGGCUUUUGAUGAUUACAUGUCAUCCAUCAACUGUAGAUGACAAGGACCAGCUAGAAAUGGGCCUAUACAUACUGGUAUGCUGCAUUUCACUUGGUACAAGUAGUUGUAGUUAGUAGUUACUCUUGCUAGCAACUUGAGUUGAUUAUUCCCUAUUGUAGUUGACAGGUUGGUACUACGAGCUGCAUACCUCUUUAGCUUAGCUUGUAUGAAUGUAUAUAUAUUCUUGGAUGUACAAACUGUAGUUCAUAAGAUGGCUGCUGCUGUUUGUGCCCAGGAAGUGCUUCAAGAUGUAACCACAACUUAAUGUAUGUCAUGCUCCCUAGUUUUCUGUUUUUAGUUACACUAGGGAGAUUGACUUAUGUACAGGACUACCAUGGAUGUCUGGUUAACUGUAGAUUCACUUUGAGAAGAGGAGGGAUGCAUAUUUUUAAUUAUCUAUGAUUAUAGUAGAUGUUGCAUAUAAAUUACCUGGCGUUUAUCUAUUAUUGCUAACUGUCCAAGGAAAGGUCAGUAUUCAAUAUAGCAUCCAAUGAAGUGUAGAGGUCUGGCAAUACAUAGCAGUUGGCCAAGAUGCUGGUAUUUUUGAUAGCUGGGUGUACAUUUCACCAGUGUACUCACCAAAUCAUGCACACCAAGGUUGUCAUGUUUUGGAUGCAAUGUGAUCAAAUACCCUCUAAUAAC